AUGCCUGUGUACGAGGCUCACAACCCUGCAGGAACCUCAGUCUGGACCGUGUUACACUGGGCUCAGAUGGUUAACUCGAAGGAAUUCCAGAAAUUGGAUUAUGGUUCACCGAAUGCAAACAUGCAACAUUACAACCAGACUACUCCGCCCCUGAUCAACCCAAGCAAGGUGAAGGUCCCUGUAGCUGUGUUCAGAGGUGGAAAUGACUGGCUGGCAGAUGAAAAAGACAUUGAUUGGCUAUUGCCACAACUGAACGUCACCAAAGAUGUAUACAUCAAAAGAUACGAACACUUGGACUUUAUCUGGGCCUUUGAUGCACCCCAUGUUAUAUACAAACAUAUUUUGAAGAUUGUGUUUUCAUAA